CGUCUUCUCCAAAGUUGCCCCUGCUUCACUUGCUGCUUCUUGGCAGUGAAAAACCUUUCUUCUCAUACCCCAACAAGAUCCGACCCUUUUAGUGUUCGGAUCACUCCUACAUUUCCGAUUCAUUCUUCGGUUUUGGUUGAUCAUCAUCUCCUGAAAUGGCGGAUCUUGAGGCCCCAUUAGUGCGCCCCAAGAGGAAGAAAGUGUGGGUGGACUAUUUUGUUCAAUUUAGAUGGAUUCUUGUCAUCUUUGUUGUCCUCCCAAUCUCUUUCACUCUCUACUUCCUCACAUAUCUUGGAGAUGUAAGAUCCAAUUGGAAGUCCUACAAGAAACGCCAAGAAGAACAUGAAGAAAAUGUGAAGAAAGUUGUGAAACGUCUCCAAGAAAGAAACCCAUCAAAAGAUGGGCUUGUAUGCACAGCAAGAAAGCCAUGGAUUGCAGUUGGAAUGAGGAAUGUUGACUAUAAACGUGCUAGACAUUUUGAAGUUGACCUUUCUGCUUUUCGCAACAUUCUUGAAAUAGAUCAAGAAAGAAUGAUUGCAAAAUGUGAGCCUUUGGUCAACAUGGGUCAAAUCACACGUGCUACUGUCCCCAUGAAUCUUGCACUUGCUGUUGUUGCUGAGCUGGACGAUUUGACAGUUGGUGGGCUUAUAAACGGGUAUGGGAUUGAAGGAAGCUCUCAUUUAUAUGGUCUUUUCUCUGAUACUGUUGUGGCAUAUGAGAUUUGUCUUGCAGAUGGGAAAGUUGUUAGAGCCACAAAAGAUAAUGAGUAUUCUGAUCUCUUUUAUGCAAUUCCAUGGUCUCAAGGGACUCUUGGAUUUCUCAUGUCUGCUGAAAUCAAACUUAUCCCGAUUAAAGAGUACAUGAAGUUGACCUAUAAACCCGUUAGAGGCAACGUGAGAGAUCUCGCAAAAGGGUAUAUUGACUCUUUUGCCCCUGGGUUUGGGGAUGAGGACAAUGAAAUGGUUCCCGACUUUGUGGAAACCAUGAUUUAUAAUCCUCAUGAGGGUGUUUGUAUGACGGGUGUAUACGCGUCUAAAGAAGAGGCAAAGAUGAAAGGGAAUAAGAUUAAUAGUGUUGGGUGGUGGUUUAAGCCAUGGUUUUAUCAGCAUGCUCAAACUGCACUUAAGAAAGGGGAGUUUGUGGAGUAUAUUCCAACUAGAGAGUAUUAUCAUAGACACACGAGGUGUUUGUAUUGGGAAGGGAAGCUUAUUCUUCCAUUUGCAGAUCAAUGGUGGUUUAGAUAUUCUCUUGGAUGGUUGAUGCCACCAAAGGUUUCUCUUCUUAAGGCUACACAAGGUGAAGCCAUAAGGAAUUAUUAUCAUGAGAUGCAUGUUAUUCAAGAUAUGCUUGUUCCUCUUUACAAGGUUCCUGAUGCCCUUGAGUGGGUUGAUCGUGAGAUGGAGGUGUACCCCUUAUGGCUGUGCCCACACAGACUCUACAAGCUCCCAUGCAAGACAAUGAUAUACCCAGAGCCAGGGUUCGAACAAGAACGCAGACAAGGUGACACCCCAUAUGCCCAAAUGUACACAGAUAUUGGAGUCUACUACACACCAGCAUCAGUGUUCAGGGGUGAGGUGUUUGAUGGGGUUGAUGCAGUUAGCCGAUUAGAGACCUGGUUGAUUGAAAACCAUGGGUUCCAGCCACAAUAUGCGGUUUCUGAGCUUGAUGAGAAGAAGUUCUGGAGGAUGUUUGAUGCAGGGCUGUAUGAGCAGUGUAGGAACAAGUAUGGAGCUGUGGGGACUUUCAUGAGUGUGUAUUACAAGUGUAAGAAAGGUAAGAAGACUGAGAAGGAGGUUCAGGAGGCUGAGAAGGCUCAGUUGGAGACACCGUAUGCAGAAGUUGAGCAGGCGGAGUAGAUUAGGGUUUGAGAUUGUUUUGUGUUGUUUUGAUGUGGGUUCAACUUCUUUUUUGUUUCAGAUGUAGUUGUUUUCUUCUUGUUGAUUUUAGGUGUUAAUUUUCUUGUGGAUCUUGGUGUAAUUUGGAUUCUGUAAUGGAUCUUUUGGUCCAUUUAAAUGUUAAUUUGACCCACCACUGAGUUCAG